GCCUCGCUUCGAUGAGUGGGGGCUGCCUCCCGAGGGCCAUGAGGGGCCUCGUGACAACCCCUUCCUGGUGCUCCUAGCCCCUGAGGGUCUCAAGGGCGGAGCACCCCUGGUAGCGACUGACGGACGCGUUGAACCGUCCGUCGCGGGCCGCCUUGCCCCCGCGCCUCUGGACGGUGGUGGUGGUCCCCUGCCUGGGGACGCGGCCAUCCUCGCGUCGCGGGGAGGCUAGGUGCCCCUCGCGGCGCCAGCCCCUAUGUCCUGCGCCUCCUCAGGCCGGCGCCAACUCGCCCCGCGGACCUUGAAGAGAAGGAAGUGGGUCGCCGCCGAUGACCCUUAUUUCUCAGGUCUCUGUCAAGUGAAGGGGCAAGGGUGUUCCCAUCACCACUCCCCGAAGCAUCGAAGUGCCCCGCGGUCAAGCUUACGCACACUAGAGAAGUCACACUCCUCACGAGGUGACCCCUGGCGGUUCGCGACCCCGGGUCCCCGGUGUCCUUCGACAGGGGCAACGCCAGGCUGACAUGGGUGGCGUCGCCGUUCAUCCCGUUAUCACGUGGCGGAACUUGGGUCCGCCGUGAGUUGAUGAGCGGCCUGACAUCUGGCUCGCGCUGGGCCAUGCCUCGGGCCUGGGAAGUGGGCGCCAGGACGGUUGGCCCUGGGUUCGCACCUGAUGCCGCCGGACCGUCCAGAGCCUCUGCUACGGCCGGGGGCAUGGAGCGGGGCCCUGGCCGAGCGCGGGAGCUCGCGCGUGGCCGCGGCUGCGGUGCCGUCCGGCACGGCCUUCUUCAGGACGCGAGGGGCACGCUGGACCGGCUCGAAGCAGAGCUUGGCGAUGUUGACUCUUACCUCGAGGCCGAGCAUCAGCGCCUGGCAUGCGAGUGGCGCCGGCUCGAAGUAGGUGUCAACUUUAGCCACCUCCAGCAUGAAGCCACUCGCUCAAAGGACAAGGCGUCCUCCGCUACAGCCAAAGAAGCCCGCAACUGCGCUUUCGAAGAGGCUGAGGCCGCCAAAAAGCACGAGUAGGAGCUUGUGUCCUCCGUCAUGACCAUGGAGCGGGAAGCCCGGGAGCGCGAAGUCAUCGCGCCCGUUCCCGCGGAAGGGUUGUCGAACCGCGAAGUGGAGCUCCGUGCUCUAGGGGAGGCGUUGGAGCUGGUAGCGUUGGAGCAGGACUUGGAGCGCGACCGGCUUGAGAUGAUGGAGCGCCAAGUGAUGACCGUUGAGGCCGCCCUGACCUCUCGGGAGGCGAAGGUUCAAACGGAGAUCGACGGGGGAAUUGCGGGGGGCCGCCAAGACCUUGCCAAGGAUUAUCGUGAGAAGCUGAAGCUUGAGGAGACCCUCUUCUACACCCGGCGCAAUGAACUGAAGGCCGAGAUCGAUGGCCUCGGGGAGUGGCUGGCCUGGGCGGACAAGUGCCAGAAGGCUGCUCUCGACGCCCAAGCCGCAGCCAAGGCCGAGCUAGCUUCCCUUUAUCAGCAAGUGGCGAAUGUCGCUUCCCUGGUGGAGCGGGCGACAGAUGAGGCGAAUCGGGCUCGGGGUAUGCAACACACGCAAUCCGUGUUGUUUCAAGACUUGGAGCACCGGGCAAAUUGUGCCCUACGCUCCAUCUGCAAGGAGAGCGUCUCCAGCCCGCUCAUGCCCGACGAUGCCGGUUACCUCGCCUUCUUUACCAGGGUCGUGGAGCGUCUUGAAGGGAGCGCAGAGAAAGUGCGCCAGCUUGUUGACGAGGAAAGCCGUGACCUCCUCGCUCGGGCGUCGACGCGUGUUUUCAGCCAUCUUCUUCGCUCAGACCCCGACUUCGACUUCCAGGCCGUGAUCGACCCCGUCCCCAGGACAAUUCACGACGCACUAGGGGAGUGGGCGGAGGACCAUGUGGAUGACCUGAUUACACGGUUCACCUCCGAUGGCCUCGAGGAUCAGCAUGGAGCCGAGGAACAUGGGGCCGCCAUCAGCGAUGAUGAUGAUGCCUCUCCUUAGAGCGCCCUCCUUUUUCUUUUCCUGGUGACAUUUUGAACGUAACCCCGCGGGGAUGUAAAAGUACUUGGAGGAAACUCCCUCAUGAUGUAUGAAGUAACGUUGUACUCCCUUA